GUCCUUCUUCAGUUAUCAGCAAUGACGACGAUUCUGCCAGUCCCCUCCACCAUAUCUCAAAUGGCAGUAACACUCCAUCUUCUUCUGAAGGCGGUCCUGACGCAGUCAUCAUUGGGAUGACAAAGAUUCCUGUCAUCGAAAAUCCCCAGUAUUUUGGAAUUACCAACAGUCAGCUCAAGCCGGACACCUUUGUGCAGCACAUCAAACGCCACAAUAUUGUUCUCAAAAGAGAACUGGGAGAAGGAGCCUUUGGGAAAGUCUUUCUGGCGGAAUGCUAUAACCUCUGUCCCGAGCAGGACAAGAUCUUGGUGGCAGUGAAG